CAUUAAACAAUUAAAAAAUAAAAUUCCUCAAGCGUAAUCUUUCUCUUCUUAUCCUAACCGAACUCCCCCUCCCUAUCUCUCUAACCACGGCUUUCCCCUCCAUUGAGCAUAGUUCUCGUUCUUCCUCAAUCACCACCUCUCAAUCCUCUUUAAUUCCCAAUCCUCCUUCUAUUCUCAAAUCUCAGGACCCUAGUUGUUGACGUCUAGAUCCUAGUUCUUGCAGUGGUAUCAGAGAAUGAUCGACGUCAGGGAUUUACACAAUAACGAAUGGAUCCAACUACCUGACAGAAGUUGCAAGAUGUCGUGGAGGUCGAGGACCUCAUGACGACUAAAGGUUCUCAGGCGCUGCUGAAGGCCCUAGUGAACACGCAAGAAGAAAUGAUUGGCAGAUGGUUCGGAUCUCCUCACACAUUCGAGAGCAAUGCGCACCAACAACGAGGUCCUAAGAGUGAUCUUGGCGAUGAGCAAAGGAUUGACCACGACUAGGGAAGCGACACGCCGACAAGACUUUGAACCGACGUUGCUAACCAAGUGACGAGUGUUGUCGUGGCGCCGCUGGUGGCGCCGACAGAGAGAGACAGGACGUUGACGACACCAAAGGGCGUGUGUAGACCGGCUCGGAAAGAAGCGACAACAGGAAGGGGCAGGUACUGCCGAUCAAAGGGUUGUGUGGGACACAAGGUCCACGAGGAUCUUACUUUGCUCCUAGGAUGCUUCCGACUCCCACGACCCAAGAAAUUGCGACAAUCUGCGACAAAGGGAAGCUGCCAGGGUAUGACUUACUGGGUAGGGAAACAACGAUGGGCCUGGGCUUGAUGCACGAAGGGCAAAGGGGCCGCAGGAGGCAGCAGAUUAGGGUCGCUAGGCUUGGGCUAGGCACGCGAAUGGGACGAGAUGAGCUUCUGUCGUCCGAGCCAAGUGUGGGCUGAGGCAGAGCACGACAUUGGGCUUCUAAGGCGACUGAGUCACAACCUAGCCGGAUCUGGGUGGGUUGCUCCAGGUCAAACUAAAAGUGGGCAAAUCGGUCUAGGUCUAACCGACUCAAACCAAUUAUGACCGAAUCGGUCAGCAGGGGCAUCAGUCUUGAAGGGGGCGAAACGGGUCGUGAUACCAAUUUCGAGGAGCAAUUUACAGACCUUACCCUCCGUGGAAGUCACCUGGACCGGACAUCAGGCCAUCUUUGUGCCACUAGGAGGUUGGACAAGGCUCUAGACCUUGAUUGGGAGACCAGUCGGAUGAUGAGGAUGGUUGGGCAUUCCUACCACCACCCUGACAAUGGUAGAUGUGCACCAUCAGUAACUUGCACCACCAAGGAGGUGGUAAUCACGACAUGUAUGGGAGUUGUUAUCUACUUAUGAUGGUGAUGAUGACUUGGUUUUUAGGGCUAAACCUCCGACCAUUGAGUUUCCAAAAUUUAAUGGGCAAGAGAAUGCAGCCUUGUGGAUGUAUUCUUCUGACAGUUGGGUUAAGAACCAUGCUACUCGGGAGGAAAGGAAGGUGCACAUGGCGCCUUUUUACCUAGAGGUGAUGUCCUCCAGUGGUGGGAAUUGAUGGAAAGGUCUAAUAUAGAAGACGACAUGGAGAUAUCGUGGGGGGUACUUUAAGGAGGAGCUGAAGUUUCAGUUCGGCAGAUAUGAGGGGUGUACACUGGAGUAGUAAGCCAAAGUGAAACAAACUAGCACAGUAGCAGAGUACCGGUCGGAGCUCUUGAAGUUAGAGUUAGACAACAUGUGUAAGGGGAUGCAGAGGAGACACUAGUGGGUAGGGGUGUAACCUUGACCCGGAAGACCCACUGACUCGUCCCAACCCUUCCCGUCCCUGAUGGUCGAGACGUGUCAGUUUGUCUACAGGGUCAGAUUAGGGACAUGUCAUUUGUUAAUCCUGUAAGGGUCAAGAUGGGUAGGGACAACUUAGGGACGGGUCACUUUUUGACCAUGUGACUCUUAGCAACAACAAAUAUUUCAUACCACAUUGGACCUCUUUGUAAAGUUUUAAAAGUUUAGGUACUAACUUAAAAAAUAAAAAGCUUUGGGUACCAAACAUAAUUUUACCAUCAAAAUUUAUGGACUUAUUUGUAAAAAUAAAAAAUUAAAUUUUAG